AUGGUAGUGCUGGAACUUUCCGUCUUGCUGGAAGUCGAGCUCGUGGUGGCUGAUUCCGUGGACGCAAUCGUCUCGGUCAAGGAUGACGGCUCCCCCUUGCAGACGUACCGGCGGUAUUCGCCAAACGUGCCUGUCGUCGACGACGAGGUGCUAGAAGACACGGUCGAUGUGUCGGAGGUCUCCGUCGUCGAUAACACUGUCGUGGUAGAGCUGUCUGACGUAGUUGUCAGCGUCGUGCUCGAGGACAUCGUCGUGCUAGAAGUCUCGGAUGUCGAACUCAAUGUCGUAGAGGAGGUCCCCGUUGUCGAUGACUCUGUCGUGGAAGAGGUGUCCGACGUUGUUGUCAACGUCGUGCUAGAACUCUGUGUUGACGAUGACCGUGUCGUGCUCGACGAUUCGGAUGUCGUACUCAAAGUCGAAGUGGAAGUCUGCGAUGUCGUGCUCUUAGUCGUGGUGGAGGUAUCAGAUGUCGAUGACACUGUCGAGGAAGAUGUCCGUGUGGUUGAAGAGAGGGUCGUGCUGGAGCUACCCGUCGAGCUAUGA